AUGGUCAUUUUAAGGCUGACUAGCGCUGACGCGGGAAGGGGAGUCUGUGCCAAAAUGCCUCCCCUCCAGCCCCACUAUCGCAACCUCCCAAACGAAGUCCUGCGCAUGAUAUUCUCGACACUUACUGACACACAUCCUCGUCGCCCCGAGGCCCUUUACAAUCUACUCUUCGUAUCCCGCCGUGUGAACGCCAUAGCGAAGCCACUCUUUUACCGACACGUCGCAAUUUAUUGCGGUCUCCACUAUUUCGGCACAGAAGACGAUUGCUUAGGCUUUCAAGCAUGCUUGCAUUCACUCGCAAGGAGCAUUGCCUCUGAUAGUGGCGCAUCCGGUGCAUUUGUUCAAGCUCUUAACCUCUCGAUCCCCGAGCGCACCGUCGCAGAUGGGCACGAGAGGUGGCUAGGCGAGACCCUAGAACUCCUCCUUCCCCACCUCCCUAACCUCCGCAAGCUCACAACGUUCUACAUCGGCGCUGCUGAAUGGCCAACCGCACACCUCUCCCUCCUUCCCAAUCCGGCCAAGCUCACGAUCCUCACUGUCAACAUCGUGCAUGACUACCCCGCAUUCCUCGAGUUCUUACGCGCAUGCCCGCUGCUGGAGUGCCUCUACGUCGAUACGGUGGAGGACAAGAAUGGGAUCCUCCCGGAGACUAUACCCCCAGACGUGAUCCCGCGUCUGCGCGCCGUCUGUUGCAGCCCCGAUUUCCUCUACUUCUGCAUCCUCGCCGGACGCCGCAUCGAGCAUGUUAACACUUUCUCUGACAUGCCUUUCGCGGUCUACGGCAAUGACCCCGACAUGGACGCGCUCGCUGCACCGAUGGCUCUGGUACGAUCGCUGGCUGUGGAAGGAUCGAUAGCCUGGAAGAUAUUCUCCGCGCCAAAGUAA